AUGAAAUUGAUUUUUUAUCUUCUUAAAUGUUUUGUUAUUUUAUUAUAUACGUGCGCGAUUUUUUUAGAAACCAAAGUUGCUACAAAAUUUAAAAACAUAAGAUAUUUUAUAUCCUUUAUAAAUAACACAUUGUUGCACAGAGAAAAAAAACGUGGCCUAAAAAAGAAUAAUAAUAUAAGGAAAAUGGAAGUUCAGGAGAAUUUAUUUAUUGACAUAGGAUCCAAUUUGACUGAUAAGAUGUUUGAUGGAAUCUAUAACAAGAAGAAGCAUGAGAAUGACCUACAAUACGUUUUGAAUAGAGCCAAGAAGAACAAUGUUGAGAAGAUUAUAAUAACAUGUUGCUCUCUGGAAGACAUUGAUAAAUCUCUGAAGAUUUGUGAAACAUACGAUCCUGAGGGUAAGUUCCUUUUUCUAACUGCUGGCGUACACCCAACUAACUGCUAUGAGUUUACUGAAAAAAAUACUAUUCAGGAAAAAGAUAAACAAGCAAAAAAGGAGUAUGAGCAAUUUAUUAACUAUUUCAAAAAUGGGAAAAAUUUAGUGCCAGAAAAUCAGAAGCCUGACGAUGCUGUUGAUGCGAAAGGGCAUGCUUUAAAUUCCACUAAUGUUCAGACAAACAACGAAAAAAAUAAAAAUUCCAGUGAACCUUUAGGGAAUGUGUUUAAAAUCCCUGGUUUUUUGUAUGACAAAAAGGAUCAAAAUUAUUUAGAGAAAUUGAAACAAAAAAUAAUAAAUCAUAGCAAGAGAAUUGUAUGUAUUGGUGAAAUAGGAUUAGAUUUUGACAGGUUAUUUUUUUGCCCCCAAUAUAUUCAAAUUAAAUAUUUUAUAUAUCAAUUGAAAUUAGUUGAAAUGUUCAGACUACCAAUUUUUUUGCAUAUGAGAAACUGUUCUGAUAUAUUUUUUGAAAUUCUGGAAAAAUAUAAACCAUUAAUUGAAGAUGUAGGAGCAGUAGUUCAUAGCUUUACAGACAAGGAGGAGAUAAUUGAAAAAAUAAGCACUUACAAAAAUGUAUAUAUAGGGGUAAAUGGUUGUUCCUUAAAAACUGUGGAAAAUAUAAAUGCAGUGAAAAAAAUACCCUUAAAUCUUUUGUUAUUAGAAACCGACGCUCCUUGGUGUUCCAUAAAAAAAACCCAUGCAUCUUAUCACUUCAUUAAGGAAAAAUAUGAAAAACGGAAUUACACCAACUUAAAAAAAAUAAAAAAUGUAAUCCAAUGUGAUAACGAAACAAUAUUUAAGGAAAGGAAUGAGCCCUAUAAUAUUGUAGAUAUAGCAGAAAUCACAUAUAAGGUUAAAAGGACCAAUAUUCCGUUCGAUGCAUUUUGUGACAAGUAA